AUGUAUUUAUAUGAUGUUCAGAAACGUGGAUACAAUGGUGGCGGCGCUGGUUACGUGCUAAGUCGUGCCGCAUUAAAGCUCUUUAUCGACCGAGCUUUCCACGAUCGUACAAAUUGCCCGUUCGAUUCAUCUGAAGAUGUUGGUCUAGGCAGAUGCCUCCAAAAUAUCGAAAUAUACCCACAUGACACGAGAAACGAAAAUGGUCAACAACGUUUUCAUACCUAUCGACCAGACGACAUGUUCCAUGGCAAAGUAUUGGAUGAAUGGCAUUACUAUCCUCAAAUUAAUGGACACGAUUGGAUCGCACCGGAUCUUAUCUCCAUACAUCAUCUUCAUCAGGAUGAAAUUCGUGCCUACGAUGAUUUACUCUAUCGAAUGCGAUCACCUCAACUAUCCCAUGCUGUGAUGCCAUCCCAGUCAGACUUAUAUGAUGACGAUGAAGAGGAUGUGACUCAGAAAGAUACACAUGAUUUCAAUUUGGCGUCUCCAGCAAAAACUAACAUGACACAACGUAAACCUGAUUUAACUGCCUAA